UGCAACUUUUGCAUCACAGCCCUAUAAAAAGCAAGAACCCUGCGACCGCCUAUCAGUGAAACCUAUGAAAAAUUGCCGCUGCCUGCGGGCAAAGUAUCUACCUUUUAAAGGUGACUCGUUUGUGGACGUGAAGCAGGAGGAGCACUGGAGAAGGAUGCAUAGAUGUUCUUACACAACUUCUGGGAUGCUUUAUUAUAUUGUGCAUUUGUGCAACUGUCAUGCCCGCAGCUGAUUUGUAUUUUUCUUGGAGACCGAAGUUUGAGCAUUAGAAUGAAGCAGAAAGAAAUCUUUGCAUGUCACGGGACGAAAACCUCCACGAGCGAUUGUCUGCACCUGAUGCUGGAGCUGACCGAAAUCAUGAAGCGCAGAAAAUACUGCUUCAUUUUCAAAAUAUGAAAACAUAUGUCUGCUGGGAUGGAGCUCAGCGGUCAUUUCAAACCAACACCUGGCCAUUUCGAGGUUUUGAAUUCCUCGACCGGACCCAAUGUGACUUUAACGCUUAACACGGACGAAAACCAAGAAAGUUUCGCUUUCCAAGUCACCUUAGCGUCAGUUCUCGGUCUCAUCACUCUUGCGACUAUAUUAAGCAAUGCGUUUGUCAUCGCCACCAUCUCCCAGUCCAGAAAGCUCCAGACACCGGCGAACUUCUUGAUUGCGUCCCUGGCCGUCACGGACCUUCUUGUGUCGGUGCUCGUGAUGCCCAUUUGCGUGCUUUACACGGUCACGCAUGUGUGGUCGCUUGGGCAGGUAAUCUGCGACAUCUGGCUGUCCUCAGAUAUCACCUGUUGCACCGCGUCCAUUCUACACCUCUGCGUAAUCGCCUUGGAUCGAUACUGGGCUAUAACGGACGCGGUCGAGUAUGCCAAGAAACGCACCCAAGCGCGCGCCGCGGCCAUGGUGGCGACCGCCUGGAUCAUCGCCAUCUCCAUCUCCCUGCCGCCUUUCUUCUGGCGACAGGUGAAGGCGGGGGAGCUCACCACCUGUUCGGUCAACAAGGACCACAUCUUCUACACGAUCUACUCCACUUUCGGGGCUUUCUACAUCCCUACGCUGCUGCUCAUCGCCCUGUACGGGCGGAUUUACGUGGAGGCGAGGAAGCGCAUUUUGAGGCAGUCGCCCAAAAAAGCGGGGAAAAGACUCACUUCGGCACAUCUGAGCACGAAUUCUCCCGCUUCGGUGGCUUCGACUUCUCCUUUGCAUUGUGGAAGGCAAGACCUGUGCUCGGACAGCGGGUCUCUGGGCAGUGACAAUCAAAUUCGAGUAACUGUGUCCGAUUCACUUCUGGAGAAAAAGAGAAUCUCGGCAGCGCGCGAGAGGAAAGCCACCAAAACCCUGGGCGUUAUUUUAGGAGCCUAUAUUGUGUGCUGGUUGCCGUUUUUCAUUUACACACUGCUGGUUCCCCUCUGUCCAUCCUGCUUUUACGCAGAACUCUUUGACUUUUUCAAUUGGCUUGGCUAUGUCAACUCACUGAUCAAUCCAAUAAUAUACACCAUGUCGAAUGAUGACUUUAAAAAAGCUUUUCACAAACUCAUGAGCUUUAGAUGUUGCAGACGACAGUAAAAUAGAUAAAUAAGUAUAAUAAUGGCAGUCAGUCGGUCAUAAUCGCAAGUGACAUCUCGUGCUGUUGAAUGCUCGAUUCUGAUUGGCUGACAGACAUUCUAAGGUGUUGAUUGUUGUACUGCAUAUGUAGGGAGUCCCAUAUCACUAUUCUGUUUUUUGUUUUUUUCUUUUAGCAUAGCCUAGAUUAGAAUAUAAAAACAGACAAAUCCACGGCCAACUAAUAAAUGACAGACACCAGGAUCAAUAUGACAAAUUAUUUCUAUUUUGUCUAAACUAAUUAAUCUAAUAGCCUGCUGUCUGUAAUUACGUUGCUGCCUAUUAACAUUGCCGAGAGCCGCGGCAGACGCGCGCGCUCCGUCUAGCUAGCUUUCUCUGUCACAAACACAAUCUUGGUUACUCCAAUGACUGCUUAGAAACAGCCAAAUCCUUUGUUACUAGUUCAAAAAGUUACACUUUCGAAUUAUUAAAGCAAGAAAAAAACAGUGUUUGUCUGAGGUAAACGCAUUAAAAACUAACAUGGUAGCCAUUGUGUAAGCUAAAUGAUUCCGAUUCACGUCGUGCCGCGUAGCCAUGUUGUGUAAAACUAACAUGUGAACGCACAUUAUUCAGCAUAUUAAAGGGUUACUUUACCAGUGACUGGUAAUAGGCUACUGUUUUCCUUAAAAAUCCUGCUUUUUCCAGGAUUCACAUCAUCCGAGUUCAUAGGAGAUUGCUAUCUCGAUCCCGAGUCCUGAUAAUGACCGUCUGACUGCAUAUUAUAUCACUACUUUCAAAAUAAAUGAAUCAAUCAAUACAUAAAUGAGUUAAUAUUCCAUUAGUUUACUUGUAGAGACUACAAAUACAAAACCCGAGCACAGAUAAGCAGUGUUUCUAGUUGAGUGGUCAAUCAGACUGAAAAAUCAGAAUCAAAACUCCCAGACAGCCAUGUAAAAAAUGUUGCUAUGUGGGUCUCGGUUGACAUAGUAGCCUGUGAUUAUAGGCUACUCUUUCAAAACUGAGCAGAAUGUUCUACGAUGACUUUGGAUUUCGUAAUAGUGCUUGUGGUCAACCAGUCGCUAAUUAAUAACGCAAAAUUGUAUAAAAAGCUUCAUUGUCUUUAUAAAAUGUGCAAUUCAAUUGCUCUAAUGUGAUCACUGCCUAUAGCUGCUGACUGAUCCUAAACUUAAUAAAUAAGUUGGGUAAUCCAUUUGCUUGUGCUUACAUCCAAUACGUCUUUCGUCUUGUGUUACAGUUGAUUAAAUGGUGUGAAUAUGUGUUUUUUUUACAGCAGUGCAUGCUUCAUAAAUAAUGAAAACAGGCCUACUGAUGAUAAAGUAUUGUACCUAAAUCUAUUAUUGGUGUGGGUCUCCUUGUCCUAGCUCCCAAAAUGUGGGUGUUUUGGUGAGAAGUCCUUGUUUGCUGUGGGAAUUUAUACUGAGGUCAAGUACGCACUAUACAAAAAUCAGGAGUUCAAGUGCCUCAGAUAAAGUUAAACUGACCAACCAGAGGUCCUCAAGAUUCAGAUGUGUAUUGAGACCUACUUCUAACCCAAAUUCUACUCUAUACACUCAUUAGUCGAAUUAUCUGUCACUUGGCAGUAUGAGAGAUCACUGAGUAACUGAGAAUGACACGUCUACUGCAGGAGGUGAGUAAUACGUCAAAUACGCACCAGAAAAGGGCUGAGGGGGAGAUAUCGACCUGUCAAGCCCAUAUGGAGGUGACAGGGAAAGAUCACUGCAAAGACGCAGCAUUUUGUGAAAAGGCACAUUUGAUAUUUCGCACAAUUCUGCUUUUCCACAAUGAGCAAGUGCUUCCUUCAACCCCGUCUUUCUAUUUGUAGUCAUGGUGGAUAUUGAUUUAGUUAUCAUGCUGCAAAACCUCCUACAGCAGCCAGUGAAAUUGGGGACAUUUUUAAGCAAGGGACCAAUGGACUAGAAACUGACAUGAAAAUCAUAAUGAAAAUGAAAAUCAUGCUGAUAUUUCUCACCGGUUUUUGGAGCGUAGACCCAUUUAAUGCCUACGAUUUUGAUGUGAAGUGAGUUUUAAAGAGCUAAUUUUAUACUAUUACAGCUUGAAUGCUUAACGCCAUGCAAACACCCGCGAUAAGUGUAAGCUGUCCUGUCAGACCCACUUAACAGUGAAUCACAAAUUAGCUCUUAGAAAGCAAUGGUGGUGGAAAAGCAAGCAACAUGAUGGCAUAAAUGUGUUUUUUUUCUAACCAUAUUGGUCUUUUUGGAGUAUGCUGAUUAAUGUCUUUUAACAUGAGUAGUAUUAGGAUAAAAUGAUUUGGACAGGCUUGGAGGAGCUGUUAAUUAUUUGUUUGUUGGUUUACUUCAUUUGAAUUUAAUCUUGUCUCUGCCAUUUC